GGAUGCUGCUGCCAUGGUAACAGCUGAGUCAUUCCAUGCCCUUUGAAGCGAUGCUAUCGAGCUCCUCCUGCUCUCUUUGCUGCUCAUGAAAUGGUGUGAAGAAGCGCAUAUGCACUCUAAUCACCACAGGUGUCAUCCGGGAUCAGUACUGGGCUAGCAGAUCGUGCUAGUCGGAUGGGUAACGUUUCUGCUGCGGUCAAGCACUGCCUGAGCUAUGAGACUUUCUUGCGGGAUUAUCCUUGGUUUCCACGGCUCCUGUGGGAAGAGAAGUGCUCUGAACUGCCUAAGCUUCCACUUUGUGUCAAAAUUGUGGAGGUCGGACCAAGAGAUGGACUUCAGAAUGAGAAGGAAAUAGUGCCGACAGAGGUCAAAAUCCAGCUGAUAGACAUGCUGUCUCAUACCGGGCUGCCUGUCAUCGAAGCUACUAGCUUUGUGUCUUCAAAGUGGGUAGCGCAGAUGGCAGACCACACUGCAGUGUUGAGAGGGAUUAAAAGGUCUCCUGACGUUAGAUACCCUGUUCUGACUCCCAAUAUUCAGGGCUUCCAGGCAGCUGUUGCAGCAGGAGCUACUGAAGUGGCAGUGUUUGGUUCCGCCUCAGAGACUUUUAGCAGGAAGAACAUCAACUGCUCCAUAGAGGAGAGUUUGCAGAGGUUUGAGCAGGUCAUCUCUGCAGCCAAACAGGAAGGCAUACCAGUGCGCGGGUACGUUUCCUGUGCUCUUGGCUGUCCAUAUGAGGGACAAGUAAAACCGUCACAAGUCACAAAGGUGGCAAAGCGGUUGUUUGACCUGGGCUGUUAUGAGGUAUCCCUGGGGGACACCAUUGGCGUAGGCACCGCGGGUUCCAUGGCUGAGAUGCUGAGCGAUGUGUUGACAGAGGUGCCCGUCAACACACUGGCGGUGCACUGCCAUGACACUUACGGUCAGGCUCUGCCCAACAUUCUCAUUGCUCUGCAGAUGGGGGUUUCUGUGGUCGACUCCUCGGUUGCAGGCCUUGGAGGAUGCCCGUAUGCCAGGGGAGCAUCUGGCAAUGUUUCUACAGAGGAUGUUUUAUAUAUGCUACAUGGUCUUGGAAUUGAAACGGGGGUGGACCUGUUGAAAGUGAUGGAAGCAGGAGAAUUCAUCUGCCGAGCCUUAAAUCGAACGACUAACUCCAAGGUCAGCCAAGCCACUAAAAACAUCCAGCCUUUUCAUUCCAAGUGAAAAUACAUACAAUGUGGUCCAGAAGUCUAAAACCA